GACAAUAUUGAGAAAUGACAACUUGGCACACGUUUUGACAUUUCCUUUCUAGUUGACAGAUUUCAACAAGAUGGGUAGAAAAAUCCGAAAAUAAAAGCGAAAUUAAAGAACCCUAGCCAGGAUUACUUGAAUGAGACGCAGUGUGUGGCUGCACUAUACAACGGGAUAGUUUUUUGUUGUUUUGUACUUAUUUUUAGUCAGAAAAUGGCUUCCCGCGGUGGUGUUAUGGUGACGGGGACAAACGGGGCUGAUUUUGAACAUCGUGAAAAAGUAGCCAUACAGUAUCACAUAAGUGCACUUAACAAAUCUCGCCUCAAGUACUGUGUGUUCUUCCACCACAUACUGUUCCUCGGGAUGAUGGCAAAGCUCUCUGCAGAUGUACUUGACAAACUUGACAUAUUUAUACUUGAAGUUGAAGAGUUGCAAAUUCCACCGCCCCUCUGGUGGGAAUACAUCUGGUGCUUGUCGUUGCUACUCUCGUUUCUUGGUCUAUCAGCAAUCAAACGUAACAACAUACGUCACCUCCGGCAGUAUGUUUAUGGCAUAGUGGCAUUAGGAUUCUGUCCGUUAUUGUACUGUGUAUUGUACUACUGUGGGGAUGUUUGGAGAUAUUUGUCACAUGAUGAUGAAGAUGAUAGUUCUGAGGUGGAUAUAGAACUGUGGCAGGGUUACCCCUAUGGCCUAUUAUGGUAUGCCUUCGUGCUAUUAGCAUCACAAGUACAUUUUUUCCAACUGUACUUCUCGUUUAAUUUACUAAAAGCUUGGCGAGCUCGAGGAGCCCUCAGGAAAUCAGAUUAGAACUGUAUCUGGUUAAAGCAAUAUUGUUUGUGUCUAGCACACUGCCAGUGUAAAAGUGUUCUUAUGUGGGGAUUGAAUUAUUGUUUGUGAUAGAACUUAUAUAAUAUUCACCAUUCAACGAUUGUUAUAAAAAUUAAUUGAGACUUCGAACUUUAUGUCUCGAUGUGGGCGGUUGUAUUAUACUAACAGAGAAAUAAAAAUAAAUUUACCUGGUUGUAAAAGGCCUAAAUUUGAAUUUUUUUAAAGAAACUAGUUAAGGUUUGAUUAGUGAUGAAGUAGUAGAAGCAAUCUGUAUCUGUUUUGUACAAUUUAAGGAAAGUAAAAUAUAUAUAAAGUUAAUAAUAAUAUAUAAAAAAUUACAACAAAAAUGUAUUUUAUGAUAUGUAUCCAAUGUUUGGUAACAUUCAACGUAAUGUUUUAUCUGAUUUCACGUAUUAUCAUUUUAAGCCAGGUAAUUAUAUGAUCUGACCGUUAUACAUAUUGAUAGUGUUAUUAAUUAGAGAUAGAUAAAGUUGACUCAGCUUUCCUACACAUUUGUUAUAAAUCGUUCGUUUGAAUCGUAGGAAUAGGAAGUGAUUAUCAUUUGAAGACAUGAGCGGAUGAAGUGGUUAAGUACCAUAUUUAAGAUUUUUGAGUUUUUACGUUGAAUGAAGGUGCUGUGUGCCUAUAACUAGACCUUAAAACUCUGGGCUUAAAGGAUACUUUUAAAAGUUAUGUAUGAAGAAAAAGUAAAAAUAACAAAAGUUUGUUGCCCUUUUUCUCCAAAUUAACUAAUUGUAUCAUAUCCCCUCCAUCCACUCAUGUCUUCAGUUAAAGAACUCGACACAAACAAUGAUUCAAAUCUCUCGCAGCGCGUUCGCCGUCCUGUAGAACUCCGAGUGAAAAGUUUUAAUAAUAUAAAAGAUGAUUUUUAUUUGUUAAGUUUUCUUUUGUAAAAACGUGACCCGAAACGAGUUUAUAAAUACUGUAAUUAAUAUAUUGUGUACUGUUUGUA